CUUCAAAAACUCAUCGAAUUUCAAUAUCACAAGGGCUUAAUGUAGCAAAAUGGUUGAAAAUAGUUUAAUAUCAUUGUUUUCUAAAGGUUUCCAAAUAGAUAUUUCUGAGAAACAUAGCAAUUGGUUGACUGUUGGCGAACUAAUUUGUUCGAUCCAGAAACCAAUAGCAAUCUACGUUGACGCAGUUGUUAAAGAUCUCCACGAAAAGCUCUGUGAAGAUUUGUGUUCUGUCCCUGACUGUAGAAACUCUCAAGAUUGCAAUAAGAAGACGAGAUCUAAAGAUCUUUGUGAUUCGUGUAAUCAAUGGUAUACAAAAGUCACAGUUGCACAUAAAAAGGGCAAGAAUCCGUCGUGGCAUAAGAACUGCGACUGCACAAAAUGGCCACAAGAUUACUGGGAGGUGGCCAAAUUCUUCAUGUCAACACUUGGAUCUAACAAAGAUACCGUGAAGGAUGCGCAAUCCACAGACCUGUCGUCUCUUCUCAAUGUUCUCGAGUGGAUGAAGGACGAGGCAUUUCUGGGAAAAAAUCGAGUCAAAGUCGAUUUUGUAAGAAAACUUCGAAAUGAAGUGAGAAAUAUCUGGGCACAUGCACCAAGACAAGAAAUGACUGAUGAGGAGAAAGAUAGGAGUCUGGCGAUUGCCAACGAUAUCCUUGAAGAUCUAGUGCCGAUAUUUCCGAAAAAAGAACUAAUAGAAGUCAAAAAUUGUCAGAAGCAUCUUGAAUCCUUGAAAAGCAGCGGAAUCACUACGAAUAUUAUCGAAAGUGUUCUGCGAAGCUUGGUGCUACAACGCCGCUUGUUAGAUACCAUCAAAGAAGAAAUCACACAAAUGGGAGACGAGCGUGCAUCUGACAAGACCACGAUGGAAGAGCAUGAAAGAAAGCUGAAGAAAUUGGAAGUUGCAUUGAAAGAAUGCUCUCAAAGAAAGUCAGAUUUCGAAAAUCUGAAAACGGAUAUGAAUAAACAAUUCAAAAUCUUUCAAAAACAACUGAAAUCGUUUUCUGCUAUUCCUGAAGAUAUUCGUGCUGUUUAUGAGAGUCUCCGUGAUCGACAAAGAGAAGAACAAAAUCUAAAGAGUAGCUUACAGAACCGAAUGCCAAAGUUCACUGGUCGCGAAACAGAAAUAAAAGAUGUCAUUUCCCUUCUCAUCGACGAAAGAAAGAUCGUUGUGUCUCUUCAUGGCGGACCUGGUUUUGGUAAGUCUGCCAUAGCAACAGAGGUGUCCCAUAUACUAAGCGACAACCACGACAUCACAGUUUUUUAUUCUGAACUAAACACCGCAACCACUGUUGAUGAAAUGAUUCGACAGCUUUGCAGCGAUGUUGGUGUAAAUUACGAACGCAAUGAUCCAAAGUCUUCGCUAGUUCUCUGGUUGAAAUUUGUACAAGCCAAAGUUAUUUUUAUAAUGGAUGGCGUCGACAACCUGCUUGAAGAUAAGAAUCGUGUCCAUUUUGACAAUUUUAUCAAGUUGAUAGGAAAGAAUCAAAAUUGUCAGGUGAUUACAACCUCAAGAAUGGAUUACUUUAUUCCCGAAUUCUUAUUCGGUGCGGUCCAUGUUAAGGAGAUGGACGAUAAGGCGUGUAUAGAGCUUCUUGAAAAACGAUGUUAUCAGGAUGAUAAGUCGCGGCAAAGAUUGGCUAAACUAUGCGGAAACAUACCUCUUGCUAUGUCCAUUGCCGCAUCUCAAGUUAACUGCUUUGAAGAAUCGAAAGAAUUUUGGAACCAUCUUGAAAAAGAACCAGUUGAGACUUUAAAAGAUCCCAUGAGUAACCAAUACGUCGAUCGAGCCAUAAGAUAUUCUUAUGACAGGUUGAAUGAUGGACAAAAACGGAAUAUUGUUCGUUUGGCUGUUUUCGACGGAAAUUUCAGCGAAGAGGCUGCUGGCGACGUGAUUGAAAACGAUAAGUUUAUUACUCAAAUAAUUUUGGAGGAUCUAUUUCGCAUGAGUUUGAUUAAAAAGCCAACUAAACACCGAUACUCCAUUCAUGUUUUGAUCCAGCAUUUCUUAAAGAAUCAACUAAAAGGUGAGAAAGAGAGAAAAGAAAGAGCGCGUGCAGAAGUAUUGAUGAUUAAACACUAUCUCAAGUUGGGACACGACCAAACCAAAAAGACGUACUCCAAAGAUGGUUACAAACCAAACAGAGAUGCUUUGAAGAACGAGGCGCACCACAUCCAGAAAGUGCUUAAAAUUUGUUACAAGCAGGAUGUUUCCUCUGACAUCCUCGAUUGCCUUGCAGAGAGUGAAAUUUACAACAACUCAGCCAAAUUCUUUGCACUUCUCGCCAGAACCAUUAUUCCUAGAAACAUCGUCCAAAACUUUCUUGAACUCUGUGCUCAGUUGGCUGAGGAAAGAGAACAACAAGCAAUCAAAAUAAAUUUCGACUGUUUGUUGGCAGGUCAAGCGCGCCGGGAAACAAUUGGUAGAUCUGAUGAAGAUUAUGAAUCAAAGAUGGAAAAGCUCCAGGAACAGUUCGAAGCGAAUGAAGAUUUGAAGCAAGACAAGCCACUUUAUGCACAUUACCUUUACCACCAAGGAAGGUAUCUAACGCAUCAAGCAGAGAAUCUUGAAGAUGAAGCCCGCUUAGAGAGACAGAUUCAAGGUCGUGAAAACAUGGAAAAAUCGUUAAAAUUAAGAAACAUGUUGAACAAUGCCCCAGAAGGAAUAGCAGAUAAGGCGUUCGCGUUGCUUCACGUCGGAAAUGCCUGCAAGAUCAUUUCCAAAACAGAAUCGUUUCUUAAAAAAAUGGCGCAAUCAGAAUCAUCGUCGAAACAAGCACAAGAACACUACGAAGAAGCUAUACAAUUAUCUGAAGAUAAACUAGGUGACCACGAGCUUACAGCAGCCUGUUACAAGUCUCUUGGAGAUCUUUUCCUAAGAAUCAACCAUCCUGAAAAAGCAAAAGAAAAUUACACCAGAGCCAAAGAAAUGCGAGAAAAUCUGGGUCUAGACGCCAGCAAAAGACACGUUUCUCUUCUCAACAAACUUGGCAUAUCUCUGACGAAACUGAAACAAGCAGAUGAAGCCAUCGAAUUAUUAGAGAAUGCUCGCAUGAUGGCCGAGGAACUGGCUGAUAGCGAUGAGCCAACCUUUUGCAAGUCAAAAGUCUACGCCAGCCUAGCUUCAGCCUACAAUGCAAAGCAAAAGUACUGUGAAGAUGCUGUUAGUUAUGCCAAGAAAGCGAUGGAAUUCGAUGGUAUGGAAGAGUCCCUCGGAAAUUACUACAAGGAGCUUCGGGAAAUAGCUGAUUCAGAGAUGAUGGAUACCACUGACUGACUCGUUUCUUUAAAUCGGAAGGAACAAUUUUUGAAUAUUUUAUCGAUUAUAAUCAAUACCAACACAACCGUAUGUUUGCACCAACAUAGUGCACCAAGUUUAAUCAAAUAUGGACGUCAGAUAUACCAUCGUAUUAAUGGAAAGCAGUUUACAAAGACACACUCAGAUACGUAUCACAAAUUUUACGCAAAAAUUAAACGUUAAUACGUCUAAUACUCAGGUACUAGCAGCCAGAACGUUCACUCGAAUCCACGCUUGAACUCAAUAGGACAUUCAGUAUUGAACUCACUCAAUAGGACAAUAAGAUAAACGAAUUAAAAGGAAUAAAUUACGUAAUAAGAAGAGACCAGGGACGU